CAGGAAAUGAAAGUGCUGGUCAAACAACGGUCUCGACGCAAACAGACUAAUUUCUGUGGCUAUCUUCAAUUUUCUUCAACUACCACUCCAUUUUACAUUUUCAGUACCAACAAAGCAACUCAUGACGUCUAAAGGCGCCAAAGAGACCAUUGUCUCCAAAUUGGGUUUCAAAUCCAGCAGCUCCAAGGCUGAGGUGGAGCUGGAGAGAGUCAGGAAGGAGAAUGCUCACCUGAGGAGAAAGAUUGAUGAACUGGCCAAGCGACACAUCAAACACCCUGAUUCAGACAAAAGCAAGCUGCUGGAGAGAAUCCUUUCCCUAGAGACGCUGCGAGAGAGGAACAAUCAGCAGUUGUUGGUUAAAGAGCAGGAACUGGAAACUCUGAGACAGCAGCUGUCAGCUAAAGGAGGAGAGGUGGUAGCAUCACUGCAGGCCCAGCUGGAGCAACGGAGGAAAGACGUAGAGCAGAGAGAUGCGUUGUUCCAGAACUUGUCACAGGAGACGGAGAAUCUGAAAAACAAGCUGGCCGCUGUUUCUGCUCGAUGCCAGUCCCUGGAAAUGCAGGUGGUGAAAGGAGAGGCACCUGCUGCAGACUUUGCAUUAGUGCAAGAUCAACUGAGAGAUGCUCUUGAAAAGAACCAGCAAUGGCUGGUCUAUGACCAGCAGAGAGAGGCCUAUGUCCAGUCCAUUGUUGCCCGUACACGGGAUCUGGAGCAGCAGCUGGCUCAGGCAAAGCAGCAGCAAACCAAAGCAGAAGCCGGUUCAGGGGUUCCAACCAGCUCUCCAGAUCCUGGAAAAGAGUCUGAAGUGAAAAGCCACUAUGACCAGCUGCUGUCAGGAGUGCAGAAAGACCUGGAGAGCCAAAAAGAUCUUACUGCCAAAGCCCAGCUGGAGCUGAAUGUGCAGAGAGAACAGACCUUGAAAGCUCAGGCUGGGCUGCAGUGUCAGAAGGAGCAGGUCGCCAGAGUCCAAGAGGAGAUGUUAGUGAUGAAGAGGAAAUACGAGGACAAGUGCCGCGAGUUGUCAGCCUUUCUGAGGAAGUACGAAGAGAAGAGCAAGGACCUGGACGAGGCCAAGAUGCAGCUACAGGCAGAGCGAGUUGGCAACAGACAUGUAGCGAAUGAAGAAAGAAAAGCGUCGUCUGAGCAGACAGACAGAAUAAAAGCAGAACUGGAGAACGUGAACACCAGAUUGGAGGAGGAGAGGAAGAGAUCUGCUGAGCUUUUGUUGCAGGUGAAUAUGCUGCAGAAGUCUCUUCUUAGCCAGAAUGAAGAGCAGAGGAGGAUUGCAGCACUGGAACAACAGAAUUCAAAGUUCAGUGACUUUGUGGACAAACAGACUGGAUACAAGACCAAGUGCAUGCUUACUUACCCUCUGGUGGCUGAAAAGGAGUGUAUUGGUGUUGUCAUGGCACUUAACAAAAUAGGAGCUGAUACAUUCACUGCAGAGGAUGAGGAGCUCUUCCACAAGUACAUGACCUUUGCCCAAGUCAUCGCCCUGCAGCAUUACACAAUGUAUAUGCACAAUGUGGAGUCUAGAAGGAGUCAGGUGCUCCUCUGGUCAGCCAGCAAAGUGUUUGAGGAGUUGACAGACAUUGAGAGACAGUUCCACAAAGCUCUCUAUACUGUAAGGACCUAUCUACAAUGCGAGCGUUACUCAGUGGGUCUGUUGGACAUGACCAAAGAGAAGGAAUUUUAUGAUGAGUGGCCUGUGAAACUUGGAGAUGUGGAACCCUAUAAAGGACCAAAAACACCUGACGGCAGGGAAGUAAUCUUCUACAAGAUCAUUGACUACCUCCUGGAGGGCAAAGAAGAAAUCAAAGUUAUACCUGGUCCACCUGCAGAUCACUGGGCUCUGGUUAGCGGACUGCCAACCUAUGUCGCAGAGAACGGUUUUAUCUGCAACAUGAUGAACGUGGCUGCAGAUGAUUACUUCACUUUCCAGAAAGAAGCUGUGGAUGAUACAGGGUUUGUUAUCAAAAAUGUCUUGUCACUGCCGAUUGUCAACAAGAAGGAAGAAAUUGUGGGCAUCGCAACUUUUUUCAACCGGAAAGAUGGCAAACCGUUCGAUGAACAUGAUGAACAGAUCACUGAGGCCCUGACACAGUUCCUGGGGUGGUCAGUGCUGAACUGUGAUACCUAUGACAAGCUGAAUCGCAUGGAGUGGAGGAAAGACAUUGCCCAGGAGAUGCUCAUGUACCAAACGAAAUGUACCAAAGAUGAGCUGCAGACCAUUCUGAAUACCAAGGAGAAGUUUGACGCAGAUCCGGAAGACUGUGACCAGAAAGAGAUGUACAAACUACUGAGAGCAAACUGCCCCCCUGCAGACAAUGUUGAUGGAGAGACUCUGUACUCAUUCGGCUUCAGUGACUUCCCUGUUAGUGAGCAUGGCCUCAUCAAAGCUGGCAUUCGCAUGUUCUUUGAGCUUGGAGUUGUUGAAAAGUUUAAAGUUCCUGCAGAGACGCUGACCAAGUGGAUGUACACUGUGAGGAAGGGUUACCGUUCUAUUACCUAUCACAACUGGAGGCAUGGUUUCAAUGUAGGCCACACCAUGUUCUGUCUGCUGCAGACAGGAAAGCUGAGGAAGUACUACUCUGAUCUAGAUGCCUUCGCCAUGGUGGCUGCAGCUUUCUGCCACGAUAUUGACCACAGAGGGACUAACAACCUUUACCAGACAAAGAGUGCAGCUCCUCUGGCCAAACUUCAUGGCUCUUCCAUCAUGGAGAGGCACCAUUUGGAGUUCAGCAAGACGCUCAUGGGAGAUGAGACCUUGAACAUCUUCUGUAACCUCCAGAAGCGUCAGUUUGAGACUGUGCAGCACUUGUUUGAUGUCUGCAUCAUUGCUACAGAUCUGGCCCUUUACUUCAAAAAGAGAACCAUGUUCCAAAACAUUGUGAAUGCCACAGAGCCGAUGGCAGAUGAAAAGGAGGCCACUGCUUACAUUUCCAACAACCCCAUCAGGAAGGAAAUUAUCAUGGCCAUGAUGAUGACAGGCUGUGACUUGUCAGCCAUCACCAAGCCAUGGGAGGUACAAAGCAAGGUGGCUCUGAUGGUCGCUGCUGAAUUCUGGGAACAGGGUGAUUUGGAGAGAAGUGUUUUGGACCAGCAACCAAUUCCCAUGAUGGACAGAAACUGUUCCGAACAGCUGCCCAAGAUGCAGUGUGGUUUCAUUGACUUUGUCUGCUCAUUUGUGUACAAGGAGUUUUCCAGGUUCCACAAAGAGAUCAAGCCCAUGUUUGAUGGUCUGAACAACAACAGGGCACACUGGAAUGAGCUGGCUGAGGUGUACAAUGCAAAGAUGAAGGCAAUUGAAGAUGAGAAGAAGAGACUAGAAGAGGAGGAGGCCAGGAAAGCUGGAGGGGGUGGCGAUGGAGGGAAGUCGAAGACCUGCACCAUCUGUUAGGAUCCUUUGGUUCUU